GUGUAUAAUAGUCUAGUACAAGCCAAUAAUUAAUUGUAAUCGAAAUAAUAUUCAUAAAUAAAUCCAUUACAAGGAAUACGAUAAAACUUUAAUAAAUAACAGUAAAACAUAAUUAUUAUAACUUAGUAUUCAUCACAAAUCAUAAUACGAAUUAUAUUCUCGUAUUAUAUAUAUUAUGUACAACGAAAUACCAAAGGCAGAACAUCCUCCCAACCCAAGAUGUAAUGCAAAUUUUUUCGAAAUCAUCACACAUAGUUGGGCGUCAAAUCUACUAAAAAUAGGACGAGUCAGAGAUUUAAAUGAAACGGAUUUGUUUACGACAUUAGACGACCACAAAUCAUCGUCAUUAGGCAAUAAAUUGGAAAAAAUGUGGAAAUCAGAAUUAGCCAUUGCGUAUUCAAUGAACCGAAAGCCAAAAUUGUUGAGAGCGUUGAUUCAAAUGUUUGGUGCUAAAUUCUUGCUACACGGAUUUAUGUUUUGUAUAAUUGAAAUCAUUUUCAAUAUGACUCAACCUAUAAUAAUUGGUAAACUAUUAGGAUAUUUCGAUCCUAAUCAUUCCAAAAAAACUGAUAUAAAAUAUGCAUACCUAUACUCAUUAGGUUUAGUGUUCAGCUUAUUUAUGUCAAAUAUCCUUUAUUAUUAUACUUUAUUAGAAACCACGAACGAAACUAUGAAAGUGCGUAUUGCUUGCUGUUCUCUAAUCUACAGAAAGACGUUAUGCUUAAGUCAUAAAGCUUUUGAUGAAACUACCGCUGGACAAGUGAUGAAUUUAAUUUCAAAUGAUAUAAAUCAAUUCGAAUAUACAUUAAAUUAUUUACAUUAUUUAUGGGUUGGACCACUCCAAAUAAUAAUAGGCGUAUAUUUAUUGUGGCAGGAAAUUGGUAUUUCCUUAUUAAUUGGAGUAGCUACGUUUUUUUUUUUUAUUCCGUUACAAGGUUGGAUGGGGAAAAUACUUUCUAAAUUCCGUUUGCAAAUAACAAAGAACACAGAUGAAAGAAUACGAUUAAUGAAUGAAAUCAUUUCAGGAAUACAAGUGAUCAAAAUGUACACAUGGGAAAAACCUUUUAAGAAUCUUAUAGAAUAUGCGAGAAAAAUAGAAGCAGAACAAAUUAAAGGAGCCACAUUUAUUAGAUUCCUAGGACUAUCGUUUAAAAUAAUUCAAUCAAGAUUUCAAAUAUUUAUCAGUAUUUUAAUGUAUAUCCUAUUAGGAAAUACUAUAUCUUCAGAAAAAGUUUACGUCCUUAUAUGCUUUUUCAAUGUUUUGCACACGUCAAUGGCAGUAAAAUUUUCUACAAGUGUGUUGGGAAUAGGUGAAAUAAUUGUGUUAUUAAAACGGAUACAGCAUUAUUUAUUACUCGAGGAAAAAGAUCAUCAAAUCCAAAACUCUUAUUCCAAAUCUAAUAAACCGGAAGAGCACGUCUGUAGAAAAUCACUUAUUGUUGAUGACAAAAUUGCUAAUAAUUGUGAUGACUUUGAAAAAAACAAAGAAUCUGUUACUAGUCACGGCAUAACUAUUUUAAAUACUUGCGCUAAAUGGACGGAUGUUCAAACCAAUAACACUUUAGAAAAUAUUAAUUUAACGAUAAAUUCUGGAAAUUUGGUUGCAAUUAUCGGACCAGUAGGAGCCGGAAAGAGUUCAUUAUUACAAGCAAUUUUAAGAGAAUUACCUGUUUCCAACGGUGAAAUUUCUGUGCGAGGUGUAAUAUCUUAUGCAUCACAGGAACCAUGGAUAUUUUCGGGGACUGUUCAACAAAACAUUAUUUUUGGAUCACCAAUGGACAAAGAACGUUUCGAACAAAUCAUUGAUAUCUGUGCACUAAAAAGCGAUCUUGAACAUUUUCCACUCGGCGAUCAAACGAUAGUGGGAGAAAGAGGAGUCACUUUGAGUGGAGGACAAAAAGCGAGAAUUAAUUUAGCUAGAGCGGUAUACAAACAAGCAGAUAUUUACUUAUUUGAUGAUCCACUUUCAGCUGUUGAUGUUAGAGUGGGCAAGCAUUUAUUCGAAAAAUGUAUUGGAAGUUACCUCAAAGAAAAAACAUGUAUUAUUGUUACUCAUCAAGUGCAUCAUUUAUCUGAAGUUGAUCAAAUUGUACUAAUGGAUAAUGGUAAAAUCGUAAUUGAAGGAUCUUAUCAAGAUAUUCAAACUUCUAUUUUUGACUUUGCGAAAGUACUUAGACCUUUAAAAGAUAUAACUAUAGAAAAUGAAAUUGAAAUUAACGAUAAAAACAAUAUUAAUGUAGAUGAACGCUUAAUUUCAUCUCAAACUGGUUCUAACGAAAGUGUUUUGUCAUCCAAGUUUAAAGCUUUAACUCAGAAAUCUAAUGAAAAAUCAAAAUAUCAAUCAAAAAAUGUAUUAAUAUCGUACAUUACUGCUAGUGGAAGUUCAUACAACAUUUUUUGGGGUUUUUUUUUGUGUUUUUUAACUUUAGUUUUGACUGUCGGUGGAGAUUAUUGGCUUAGCUUUUGGGUUAACCAGGAAAUAUAUAAAUCGUAUAAUACAAUGAAUAAAAUUGAAAAUAGUACAUCAGAGUCACAUGGACCAUCUAACUUAUCAUUAUGGUUAAACAAUUAUCACGAAUACUAUGUUAUAAUUUAUGCCAUGUUAAUGAUUUUAUUAAUAGUAUCAGUAGUAAUUAGAUCUGCUAUAUUUGUCAAAAUUACAACAAAAGCUUCUAUUAAUUUACACAAUCAAAUGUUCCAUUCCCUUAUAAGAACCACCAUGUUUUUUUUUAAUACAAAUUCAUCAGGAAAGAUAAUGAACCGUUUUUCAAAAGACUUAGGAGCUGUGGAUGAAAUCUUACCAGAAGUUUUUUUGGAUACUUUACAAGUUUUCAUGCUUAUUUUUGGGACUGUAUUUAUUGUUGGAGUGAUCAAUAUUUAUCUUUUAAUACCUACAUUUAUUGUGGGAAUAAUCAUUUAUAAACUUAGAAAUUAUUAUUUCUAUACAUUACUGAGUGUCAAAAAGUUAGAAGCAGCUACUCGAAGUCCGGUAAUAGCACACAUGAAUACAUCAUUACAAGGAUUAACAACAAUAAGAGCAUAUAAAGCAGAACAUAUUUUAACCCAAGAAUUUGAUAAACAUCAAGAUUUACAUUCUUCGGCUUCACACAUAUAUUCAUAUUUAAAACGAGGACUCGGAUUUCGUAUGGAUAACGUUUGUAUACUUUAUUUAUGUAUUAUUUUAUUCAGCUUUUUUACAGUUGGAAACAAUAUUUACGGAGGAAGUGUAGGACUAGCUCUCACACAAGUGAUAACAUUACUCUGUCGAAUCCAAUGGGGAGUAUCACAAUGGACAUUACUACUAUGCCAAUUGACAUCAGUUGAAAGAGUUUUAGAAUAUACACAUUUACCACAGGAAGAUACUCCACCCUCCAUUGAAGAGAAAUCGGUGGCAAAUGAAUGGCCUUCUUCAGGGAGAAUUGUAUUUCAAAAUUUUAAUCUACGUUAUAGUCUUAAUUCACCUUAUGUAUUAAAAGAUCUUAACAUUCAAAUUCAGUCAAUGGAAAAAAUAGGUAUUGUUGGCAGGACCGGUGCAGGUAAAUCAUCCUUUAUUGGAGCGUUGUUUAGAUUAGCUCUGAAUGAAGGUAAGAUUAUCAUUGACGAUAUGGAUAUACACAAAUUGGCACUCAAAGAUCUGAGAUCUAAGUUGUCUAUAAUUCCUCAAGAACCAGUAUUGUUUUCUGGGACAAUGCGAACAAACUUAGAUCCGUUUGACGAAUACCCGGAUCAUGCUCUUUGGAAAGCCCUAGAUGAAGUAGAACUCAAAAACUUUGUAGAAGAUUUGCCCAGCGGUCUUAACUCGAAAAUGUCUGCGAGUGGUUCAAACUUUAGUGUCGGACAACGGCAAUUAGUUUGUUUGGCCAGAGCAAUACUACAAAACAAUAAAAUUCUGAUAUUGGAUGAGGCCACUGCCAAUGUUGAUCCACUCACUGAUAAGUUGAUUCAAAAUACAAUCAGGAAUAAAUUUAGAUUUUGUACAGUUUUAACAAUUGCUCACCGUUUAAAUACUAUUAUGGAUUCUGACAAAGUACUAGUAAUGGAUUUUGGAAAAAUAAUUGAAUUUGACCAUCCAUAUAGUUUGUUGAAAAACGCAGACGGAUUUUUCUACAAUAUAGUAGAGCAGACGGGAAAGGAUACGGCUUACUUUUUACACGGCUUGGCAUUAGAGAGUUUUAAAAAUUCCAAUCAAUAAACAUGAUUCCGAGCAAUUAAAAUAUGGAAUUAAUUGUUACAUAUUAAUAUCUCAUUAUUAUUCGAAUGUUGUUUUCAGUAAAAUUUUAUUUU